CAACUACUGUAUAUUAGUCCUGGUACUUUUGUACGAACUGAGCACCUCAGCCAGAGCACAAAAAAUAAAAGAAAAAAAAAAAGAAAGAAACCCCAAAGACCUAAAAUCCGUUUCUUUCAAUAUUUUUAGAUUCUAGACAGCCAGCUGCUGCUGCUCCGAAUUCCUCAAAAAAUCCCUUCUUUCCCAAAUCUCUUUUCUCAGAAUAACCCGUCAAAAAAGACAAGAGAUUUUGCUCAGAGGUACUAUGUAGGAUUUUUAGUAUAAUAUUAAGUACUAGAUAGUACUAUUAUAGUAUUCCCGAAUAAAGGGUAAGGACCAUUUUCUUUUAUCUGGGUCUCGUGUUUUACUGUGGCAUAUAUGCAUAUUUUAAAUCACUUUAUGGUCUUUGCCGCUCUCUUUUUUCUGCAGCUCUUGUACUACUCUGCUUGCCGCUGCUCUCUCUCUUCUUGAAAGCUCAAGUAGUACUAUACCCAGAUCCUCACUUUGGCUUUUGAGUUCUGGAACCUCAGAUUCUGUCUCUUUUGGUUUUCUUUCGGCAUAGGUUUUCGAGCUCCUUCAUAAAAAUAGAUCUGGAUUCCUUCAGUUAUUUGAUUGAAAUUAAAUGUAUGGGGUUCUUGGCAAAGCUGGGGAGGUUCUGUUUCUUUUGGGCUGUAAUUUCUCCGUUGAAAUGGUAAAAUAGAAGAGGGUCGGUUUACAAGGUUUCUCAGCGGUUGAAGAAAAAGUCUACUGCUACUAUAAAGCUUUUCGAGUUUUGGGGGAAAAACCAGAUCUUUUUUCUUUUUUGUUGCAGAAUCCAACAAAGAGAAAUCGAGAAGGAAAAGAAUUUCGGUUGCCUUCCCGUUCCAUCUCCAAAUGGAACAAACAAGUGUCAACAAGUUUUAAGAGCUCUUUAAUUAAAGCUUGUGCUAGCUAGCUUUCUUCCGCCGCGUAUGUGGAUAUAUAUAGCUAGCUAGAUAAAAGUCUCUCUAGUUCUUCUGAAACAUUUGAGCAAAGAACCAAAGUCUUGUACGAAAUUUGAGGCAAUGGCGAACAACAGGUGGUGGGCUGGAGAUAUGCCAAAUAUGAAUCCUUCUCUUCAUCUCCGACCAGAAGACGACAAUGCCGCCGCCGGACUCAGCCUUCAACAGCGGAGGGAGCAGGAGUUCAUGGACACCGCCGCCGCUGCCGCAGCCGCCGCUAACAGCAGCGGCAGCAACAACAACAAUCCUUCCCAAAACCCUGAUGAAGAUCAUGAAGACAGCCGGGAAAAUGAGAGAGAUAUGGAAGAGCACAAUCCGGGAGCCCUAGAGAUAUCGGAGCCCGGCAGCGGAGGAGGCAGUUCCGGUGGGAGGCGCCCAAGAGGUCGGCCACCGGGCUCCAAGAACAAGCCAAAGCCGCCUAUUGUGAUAACCAAGGAAAGUCCCAAUGCGCUGAGGAGUCACGUUCUGGAGAUAAGCAGCGGCAGUGACGUGGCGGAGAGCAUUGCGAACUUCGCCCAGCGCCGCCACCGUGGCGUGUCGGUGUUGAACGGCAGUGGGAUUGUUACAAAUGUGACUCUGCGCCAACCGGCUGCACCCGGUGGUGUUAUUAGCCUUCAUGGCAGAUUCGAGAUUUUGUCCUUAUCGGGUGCGUUUUUACCCGCCCCGUCUCCUCCGGGGGCUUCUGCUUUGACUGUUUACUUAGCUGGCGGUCAAGGCCAGGUUGUAGGUGGCAUUGUGGUUGGGCCUUUGGUUGCUUCCGGUCCAGUUAUGGUUAUAGCUGCUACAUUUUCAAAUGCUACCUAUGAGAGGUUACCAUUGGAGCCGGAGGAGUCAUCCGGGGGAGGUGCUGCGGACGAAGAAAUGCAAUUGCAACCAGCAUCUGGAGGAGCGGCAGCAACUACUACUACUGCCACCACCGCCACUUCUCCCGGCUCACAAUCUCAUGGUAUGGCUGAUCUUCCUACAUCUUCUAUGCCUUUGUAUAAUCUGCCACCUAAUAUGCUUCCCAACGGUCAAAUGGGUCAUGAUCAGGUCUAUUGGAGCCCUCCUCCACGGCAACCCCCUUCUUAUUGAGGCGGGCCGGGGGCGGUGGUGCAUUUUGUUGUGGAAGUUAACUGAUCGGUUAGUAGUUUGCUUGGGGUUUAUUUAAAUUCCUUAGAGUUGUAGAUUUAGGAGGGGAAGAGUAGUUAAUUAGCUAGUCUUUUGCUUGACCACCUUGUAGUAAUUCCUUGUGAAUUGCAUUUCUGCCUAGCUAAUUACUUAGGUUGAUGAUGAAAUGUUUUGUACUGAUCAUGGGCUUCAUCUUUUGUAACAGCGGCUAAUGGUUUUAUUAAUCGCAUGAUUUCUUCUCUAAAUUAUAAUCAAUGAAUUGUAGCUUUUA